AUGUCAGAAAAGGUUGCUAAAAAAAAGGGUUGUCAGUCAUAUACUAUCCAAGACAAAGCUCAUAUUAUCCAGUAUGCUUUCUGUACAAGUAACAUUAAGGCUGCCACAAAGUUUAGUUUGGACAAGUCUCAAGUUGGCCAUUGGGUAGUGCAGCUAAAAGACCAACUAAAUGAAAUUAAGCAUAGCAAGUUAUGUCACUUUGAAGGUGCUGGUAGAAAGUGCUUUUUUUCUAAAGAGGAAGCAAGGCUUUAUAGUUGGAUAUCUGACAUGUGUAGUGCAGCACUUGCUGUAACAUAUAAUAGUCUUAGGUUAGAAAUGUUAAAGUUUGUCUCUGAAGCUGCUUCAAAAAGCAAUGAUCUUACAAAAAUACAACUUGCAAGCACCUUCAAAGCUUCUUUAAUGUGGAUAAAACAUUUUUUAAAAUGUUAUAAUCUUGCCUUAUAUCGAAAAACAAAAAUUUCACAAAAAAUGCCCGCAGACUUUGAAUAA